CACUGCACAGAAGAGGUUCAGGUGGCCACUCUGCUUCGCUGCUGAAGUUCCCAUGCUCAGUGCCGAGGGGGAGUCUCCCAUAGAACAGACUCCCGGUCCAGUGGAGACGCAGGGCCUGUCGUCACCAUGGAGCCAUGCCCCAGUGAGCAGUACUGGGACAACCUGUUGAACGUCUGCCACUCCUGCAGAUCCAUCUGCAACCAUCGGAUUCCACAUUCCUGUACAGCCUUCUGCAAGUCACUAAACUGUCACAAGGAGCAAGGCAGGUACUAUGACCAGCUCCUGAGGGACUGCAUCAGCUGUGCCUCUAUCUGCGGACGUCACCCUAAGCAGUGCACAUACUUCUGUGAGAACAAGUUUCGGAGCCACAUGACCCUCCAAUCAGAGCUCAGGAGACAGAAGACCGGGAAAGCUGAAACCAAAUCAGACAACUGGGGAAGGUACCAGGGAUCAGAGAACAGAGGCUUAGAAGCAGGUCCAGCCACCCCAGGGCUGACGCUGAGUACCGACCAGCUGGCCCUGGUCUACAGCAGCCUGGGACUCUGCCUCGGUGCCAUCAUCUGCUGCUUCCUCCUGGCCGUGGCCUGCUUCCUCAAGAGGAGCAGUGACCAGUCCUCCUGCCGGUGCCCCGCAGGGCUGUGUUGGUCCUGGGCCAAGUCCUCCAAGGAUCACAGAACGGAAGCUGGGAGCACAGCACGCAGGCCGCAGGAACCUGUGGAGACCUGCAGCUUCUGCUUCCCCAAGUGCGGGGUGCCCACCCAAGAGAGCUCGGGCCAGCUGGGUGCCCCCAGCCCCAUGAACGAUGGGAGGUGUGGGUGCCCCAGCCCUGCAGAGGCCGGAAGGGCCUGCAUGGAGUCCUUGUCCCCGGAGGGCACUCUGGAGGCUGUGUGCUGGCCUGCCCAGGAGGGGGUCCCAGCUGUGUGA